CUCCUAUCAAAAUUUCAAUAUCGUGUUUUCACUUUCCUUCCUGACGGCUGGACGCCGCCUCUACCGCCACUGACGCCUUGUGUACAAACGCCUGACGAAUCUAUCACUUGGGCGGCAACCUUUGAGUUCCUCCUCCUUAGAAUGACGUCAGAAGUAGAGGUAGGGUUUAAGGAAACAACUAGCACUGAAGUUUUGAGGCAAGAAAAAUAUCAGUUAGUUCCAUGGAUAAGUUGGGAUGAUUGGUGUUUUGUUAAAGACUCCCUUUUUUCGUCUUCGCCGGACCCCGCUUUUCGUAGAAUUUCUGCUUGGCGAAGUAGAGGAUGUCUUCCGGUAAUUAUCGAAGUAACUGCUUCCAUUGUUGAAGUACAACGAAAGGAUCCUCAUUUUCGUGAAGGUUUAUCUCCGAGUGAUUUGUUAGAAGAUGAUAUGUUGACAAUGUUAUAUUGUAUGACCAUUAUGAGGCUUAUUAAUGGUAUUGUGGAGAAGACUCGUGACAAGAACAAAUUUUCAAUUGCAGAAGUGGCUGAUGUUAUUGGUAUUCCACGUAUGCUGAUUGAUAUCCGUCAUGAGAGUUCGCAUCGUGAUCUUCCUUCACUAAAGCUGGUCAGGCACGCAUCUACAAAGGCACUUGAUUGGUUGAAAGCUUAUUAUUGGGAGCCCCAAAAGAUGGCAAUUCUUUACCCCAGUGAUAAAACUGCCAACUGCAUAAAAGAAAUCAAGUCUAGGAUACGUAAAUUGGCAUCUAGUAUGGAUGUGAAGGGAGUCAAAAGAUCAGGUUUUUCAUUGAGGGGAAAAAGUUUAAAGGAAUACAAAAGUAAACAAUCUAAGAAUGUUCUCAAGUUAUAUUCUUCCUUCCCGUCAGAAGUUGUAUCAAUCUUAUUGGACUUCUUGCUGAAGGCACAGAAGUCUGCUCAUUUGAUGGAGCUUUCAGACAGCUCUCAAGCUAAAAAUUUCGAAGCUGAUACUACUCAACUUGAUGAUUGGAAACCCCUAGUUAUGAAGUUGUCAAAUAAAGAACCAGAGAUGCUUCUAAGCCUUCUGAAAGCUGUAGUUCAACUAAUCGAGACCCGUGAAACUCUAAAAGAAGGAGAACACCUCAAGCCAGAGCACAAUCCUGGACUCCACCAAACAGAGCAUCUUUCCUCCCUUUUCCAGUGGCUCGUAGGGAACCUAAUGGAUCUAAAAUAUUCUCACCAGAAAUCUACAUCUAUAGAAGCCGUAAGUUCACCAAAAGAAAAAGUUCUCUCUAAGUCGGAUCUUGUACAAAUCCUGCGAAAAUGUCUCACAGUAUCUUCACUUGGUAACAACUAUCUAGCAACCGCAGUCUCAGUUCUUGCACAAAGAACUGGAAAUCACACUUUUGUCCAGAAACUCAACAAGCUAGCAUCCCUACAAACGCCAUACGUAGAUACCAUGAAUGAAACUAUUUCGAUUGAUCAAGAAAGCUUUUACAACCAGCAAGAGAAGUUUAUAAAUCAAGCAGCCAAGAAGUUGGAGUUUUUUAAACAAAAACUAUCUCAAAAACAUAAGCUAGAAACUGUUGGGGUGACUAAAAAGAAGAGUAAGAGAUGGAGUGUGGUAAAAUCAUGGAAGUCAUGCCCGAUUGGUAUGUUACCUUCUGAUAUUGAUUCUUCGGGUGUUUUUCCUAUUCUUGACGUCGUUGAUGAUCAAGAUGAACAAGCGAAUCUAGAAGAGCGUUGUGAGAAGUUGGUAGUAAACGAGUCUCGUGGCAAGAGAGAAGCUGAUUGUCCUUUAGACGCAUUGGAUAAUUCAAAUGUUAAGAAAUGUAAGGAGAAUGAAUGCAUUGAAGAUGAUGAAAGAACUCUUGAAGAAGUGAACAAUCGGUUGAUGAUUGAUGGGGUGUGGAAGAGGGUAACUGAGGAUGAAUUGAGUAACAUCGCGUCGUCUAUUAGAAUUUUGGUCUAGUGUUAUCUUAUACAUUUUUUAUUGAGGCUUUGUAGUAUCAAGUUACAGUGUUCUCCAGUUUUGUUUAAAUAGGAGAGCAACUUACAUUCUAUUAGUUAUGUUCAAAAUAGAAUGGUAUAAUUAGAAUGUUUUCAAUUGAUGUUAAAAACCCUGAUCGAUGUGUUCAAUCCUAUGCUUUCAUUCUUAAAAA